CAGAGACAAGCGAGAGGAGAGAGGACAUCUCCUCGUUCAGUCUGCUCAGUGUCUGAGACAAUCUUUCACCAAGCUGGACGUCUGUGUUGCUUUCCUGCUUUUAAGGUGUUUAUCUAAAAAGAGACUCUGGAUAAAUAUGGACUCCAGCAGGAAAACAGUCCCAGUAAAACUCCUGGUUUUGGGAGCCCACAACACUGGAAAAACAGCGCUGUGUGUUCGUUUCAUCACCAAACGCUUUAUAGGAGAAUACGACCAUAAGAAGGAGGUGACUUAUAGAUGUAACCGGGUGGUGGAUCAGGAGGCUGUGGAGCUGGAGAUUUUGGACUUGCCCUUUAAGGAGAGCUCUGCAGCUUCUCUGGAGUCGUCCAUCUGCUGGGCUGAUGGUUUUCUGCUGGUCUACUCCAUCACUCAGCGCUUCAGCUUCACAGAAAUCCCACGACUGAAGACUUUCAUCGACAAAACCAAACAUGGUCUUGGUGUUCCUACUGUUCUGGUCGCCAACAAAACAGAUCUGGAGAUUGGAAGGGAGGUGACGAUGGAGGAAGGACAGAAGAUGGCCAAAGAUCUACGAUGUGGUUUCAGAGAGCUGUCAGUGGCUGAAACGGUCCUAGCAGUGGAAGCAGCUGUGUUUCAGCUCAUCAGGCUGGUGGUGGACCAGCAGCGCCCUCUGCCUGACCGUCGCUCCUACAUGCUGACAGUUCGCCACGCUCUGAGCAGGAAGCUUACUCGGUCCAAGACCAUGCAGUGGUGACCGCGGCAGACUCACAAACCAAAGGUUCUGGGAACGUUCUCCAGACUGACGGAAGGUGAAUCAGCGAGAUGCUUCAUUUACAUCUCACUUAUCUACUGGGAUCUUUAGAUCUGACCUCUGCUUCACUGUCGACCCCUAACCCUGAAUCAGAAAUAAAAUGUGUCUCUUCUCCAGCAGGGGGGAGCAAAGUCUAGUCAUUUCACCUGCUGCAGGUUUCACACAAUCUGAAAACACACAUCUGGGUCAAACGCCCUUGGUGUGGACAGAGCCGAGUGGCCUGACCUCAACCCUCUGGAUCAGCGAGAAUCCAAAGACGUCCCUAGAGAAAAAAAAAGCAGGAAAGAGAUGAAGCGGAUUCACACGAGUGGCUUUUUUUGGAGGCCAGCUUCAUGAUCUGAGCACAAAUAUUUCACACAGAAGCACAAAAGCCCUGGAGGGGAUGAGUUGAACCUGUUUCUGAAGUUCAUCUGUCAGAUUGUGAGUGAAGCAGCUGCUGGAGAGUGGAGAUGAUGUAACAUCGUGUAGAGAAUGAAGCUGGCUUUCAUUACAGCUUUGGCGUUACUCGACUGUGUCCCCGCGCGUCUGCACCAGCUUCUCGCCUUUCUUUGAACUCCUGAACUUCAUGAUCACAGAGAGAGAAUAAGACCCGAGUGUGGCAGGAAAGGAAAAACACUGUGGCUUCUUUGUCAUUUUAAUAGUCUAGAAGAAGCAGACAAAAGCAAGAUUUGAGUCAUUUUGCUGCAGCCGCACCGAGAGGACAACCUCUAGCUAUUUGUUAGGGCAUCAAAUUGGAGGUGUGCUUACCGCUUUAACCAGUUGUCAUACAUCUGUUGCCCCACCCUGCUAACCACAGGGCCCUUUUGGCUCGUUUUUAUAAACACAAGAUGAUUUUAACCUCCAGUCCUUCACACUCACCAGAACUACUGCCUGAUUUUUGGGCCUGUAGUCAUGUGGAGAGUGGAGGACCCAUCACUGACUCACUGCCCAUCUCCCCUAUGAUCCAGCCUUGACUGGAUCAGGGAGACACAUCAGGAGGAUGUUGAUCAAGCAAAGGUGACGACAUCACGCCUGUCACCAAGGAGAUUAAAGGUCAGGACCCCAAGUCAGCUUUUUUUUGCCUCAGAAUAGAAGAUGAGUCAUACCUGCAUCACUAUGCUGACAGCCAAUCAGACACUGGCAGACAGAACACACAUCAACAGGUGACCAGCCAAUCACUGAGCUUAAAGUAGACUAAGCUAUCCUGAUGGUAUGACUGUGUCUGUAUGUGUGUUCCAACAUGAUGUGACUUUGUUUGUUCAUUUAUCAUCAGAUUUCUGCCUCACUUAUCAAAGAGACAUUUUCAGUUAGUUAGUUGACAAUGGUUUAAUUUGUACGAGUUCUCAGCAGCAGGGAAGCACAACCCGUCUUCUCUCCAGCGAUCUCCACCAGCUCCUCUGGUGGAGCCUCUCCAGCACGUCCUGGGUCAGCCGUGGGGUCUGCUGCCAGCAGGACAAUCCCAAAACACUUCUCCUGAGAAGGAUUCAGACCAAAAACCAUCUCAAAUUGCUCAUUUUGAUAUGGAGCAGCAGCACCUCUUCUAGUGCCUUUACUCACCUCCUUGGAGAUAAAUUGGUAUCGGGCUAGGUUUAGGGUUAGCUCAGAGCUGUAUCAACCCUCAAAACCAGAAUCAUUGCAUCUCUAUGAAAAGUGUUCUUCGGUAUGUGGUCCAGACCAAACACCAACACCAACAGACCAAACUUCUACUGCAGAAUGAGCUGAUGUUCAGUUCAGCCACCACCUUGGAGUAGACCUUCCAUGGUAGCUGGGGAGUGUGACUUUGUGAUGGUUGGAACAAUCCCUCUUGUCCCUCUUCUUAAAAAUGGACAUCACUAGUCUGCUUCACAGGCAUUGUACCCUAUCAUGCAGUGUUGCAGGUGCUUGAUAUCAAUGGAUGUCAUCAGUCUUAGGUCUCCUAGCUCUGGUUCCACCUUGGAUUACAUGUUGGUGGGACGGCAUCCUUCAACCACAUCAGCAGCUCCCUUUCUGUGAACAGUGUGAGCAAGCUGCAUGAAUAUAAAAACAAGAUCAUGGUUGGCUAAAAAAUUCCCAUGUCCUUGCUAUUUUAGCUCCACAACAAGCUCAGUUAUCCUUUAGGAUUCAUUAGGUCCUGGUGGGAAUUACUGCUGACAAUCAAAGGUCACAUCAGUUACACAACACCAGUGUGUGAGGGAGAAAAUAAAGAAGGUUGCCUUGUCUUCUAGGGCAAAGACACCUCCGUAAAGCGAUACUCUACGGGAGAAACGCAAUGCAGAAGGGGCGAAAACAGAGAAGGAGAAAGCAUCCGAUAAGAAAAACUGUAGGAAAACACUUGGGAUGGAAACAAGAAGCCAGUAGAGAAAGAGCCUGGAGAGUGAAAGGAGAUAAUUAUAUAACAAACUAUUGUUUGUAUUGAGUCUAAAACCCUUUUUAUAAAACCAUCAUACUAAAGAGUUGUGGCACCACACCCUCGACUGUCAACAAAAAAAACAGAACCACAAUACAAACUAUAGAUAAACCCUUCUGUGUGACAGGAAUCUGAACCAGUUUCAACAUUCCUCUCAUUUUAUAUUUCAAACAUAUGAAAACAGAGUUAAAGGGAGGAGGAAUGAGACUGUAGGUAGUAGGGAUGUGUAUCAGUGAAAUUAAGGCAAUACGAUACGAAUCACGAUACGGGGAGACGAUACAAUAUAUCACGAUAUAUUGCGAUACAUUCAGUCAAACGAUAUUAGCAAUUUUUUUAGACUGAAUUUAAUGUAGGAAAAUUCAACAAACAGUCCAAGCUGACACUCAACAUGUUUAACGUGACGUAUCUGAACCAUUGAGGGAUUUACAUUUCAAUGGUGGAAACAAAACCCUUUGCAAACUGCUGCCAACUAGCGGUCGGCAUUUGAAUUACACCAAAAUAAAAGAAAAUACACAAAUGUUUGCAUGUUAAUUCUUCCAAAAAUUUGAUUCACAGCUUUUGAAUAUAUUGCAGGAAAAUAUAUCACAAUAUAUUGCGAUAUCGAUAUUUUCAAUACACGGCUUUUGAAAAUCGAUAUAACAUCGUGAUAUAUUGCUAUAUGGAUAUUUUCUAACAUCCCUAGUAGGGAGGCUCAGUUAUCCUGGAAUGGAGGCUAUAUUUGCUUCAUUUCUAUUUUAUUACCAGGUUUGUUGUGUGUGUGUGUGUGUGUGUGUGUGUGUGUGUGUGUGUGUGUGUGUGUGUGUGUGUGUGUUUGGAUGGAUGGCUGUAUAGUCUCAACAAGUCAGUGACUCAAUGCCAUCUGCUGUGUUUUCUUACAAAGGAAACUUUUGUACAAAUAAACUGAAUAUUUUUUCAGUCAAGUCAAUCCCAAGUUUUCACCUUGAGAACUAAAUCAUAUUUACAUACAAAAACAUAACAAAUUCAACCAA